UUUUUGCUCUUUCAUUUUCAUUUACUAUAUACAUGACCCACAUACACUCUCAAACCUUCACACACAAUUUAACAAGUAAAGACGCCCCUCAGAUUCCUCGAGAGUGAGCAGGUAGCAGAUUGCAGCUUUUUGCUUAUUUAAUUUCAGAACAAUUUCACUAUAUAUAAACGCAGUUCGUGUUCAACCUGGAUCGCUCCCUUCUUCUUCGUCUUCUUCCUUGAUCAUACCUUUAUAAAAACCCUGUAAGCAUGUAACUUCGUUUCGAUUUCCCAAAAAAAAAAAAAAGAAUUUUUUAGCAUACAUUUAUGAAUUUUGUUUUGAAGCUUUAUCUUUCUUGUAUCUAGUCAAGUUGUUCAGUCUGGCUAUCUUGAAAAUCUUUCUUCCUUAAUCGAAAAUUUAUAAAAAUCUCCCAAGUAUGUAAAUUUAGGCAAUCCAUCGGGUUCUUCUGUUGAAAAGAAAAAAAUUUGAAAAAAAAAAGAGAUCUAGUUUCGAUCUGGAUCGAAUUCAGCCGAUUGUGUAGCAAUACCUUUAUAAAAAUCUACAAAUUAUGUAAGGUUUUUGCCACUGAUCUUUUGAUCCUAGUUGAAAACCCAAAAAAAAAAAAACAAAAAAAAAGUAUAUUUAGUCAAUAGCAUAGAUAUUUAAGAGGGAAGAGAAAUAUCGAAAAUGGAAGGCGGCGAUGGACCAACGCCACCGGUAUCAGCACCGGCGACACCUGGAACGCCCGGGGCUCCGUUGUUCACAUCUCUUCGAGUGGACUCUUUGUCUUAUGAACGGAAGUCAAUGCCCCGUGGCAAGUGUAUGCCUCUUUGUGCACCAUCAUGCGGCGGCGGUGCAUCUAACACCUGCUUCACCGAUUUCCCGUCUCCCGACGUCUCUCUCACCCGAAAGUUGGGAGCAGAAUUUGUGGGAACAUUUAUCUUAAUAUUCGCAGCAACAGCAGGACCGAUAGUCAACGAGAAAUACGCAGGAUCGGAGACACUAAUCGGGAAUGCAGCAUGUGCAGGGCUGGCGGUGAUGAUAAUAAUUCUGUCCACCGGUCAUAUCUCCGGAGCCCAUCUAAACCCAUCUCUCACCAUCGCAUUUGCAGCACUCCGUCACUUUCCAUGGGCACAAGUCCCGGCGUACAUCUUAGCACAAGUCUCAGCCUCCAUAUGUGCUUCGUUUGCUCUCAAAGGCGUCUUCCAUCCCUUCAUGUCCGGUGGCGUCACCGUCCCUUCCGUCAGCACCGGCCAAGCUUUCGCCCUGGAGUUCCUCAUCACCUUUAAUCUCCUGUUUGUCGUCACAGCAGUCGCCACUGACACUCGCGCUGUGGGAGAACUGGCGGGGAUUGCAGUCGGAGCUACUGUUAUGCUCAACAUUCUUGUUGCUGGGCCUUCGAGUGGAGCUUCAAUGAAUCCGGUGAGGACACUAGGACCAGCGGUUGCAGCGGGGAACUACAAGGUGAUAUGGCUGUACUUACUGGCACCCACACUUGGUGCACUCGCCGGAGCUGGAGUCUACACGUUGGUCAAACUUCAGGCGGGUGAGGGUGAGGAACCACGUCCUGCCAGAAGCUUCCGGCGUUAGGUGGUGUUUUAUGUUAUAUAUGCAUAUGUGAUUAUAUAUGGUGUGUUUGUAAUAAAAUGGGACAUGGUUUCAUGUCCUUGGAACUGGUGUGUAUGUGUUAUGGUUUGUGGUUUGCUUUAUGUUUUUCCUGUGUGAUUAAUAUUAUUGUACUAAUAAAGAAUGCAUAAACAUGUACUAGUAUUAUGUAUGUUUGUAUGAAGUUGUGGUAUUGUAAUCUUUGUUUUGUGAUA